GUGAUCGAUUGCCGCGUAGACGAUCUUUGAGAGUGUGUCUCCGCGGUGCAUUAUGGAGCGUGUUCUUGCUGCUGUCCUCAUCACCCCGGCUGGCUAGCAUGGAGGGAGGCUUGUUUUGGGACUAGAGCAGCCUCAGCUUUUAACUCAUUAGAGCCGAUAGUUACCAGGAGCUGUCCACCUUAUCUUGCUGUUGUUUCUGUUAGUUUAUCAGGGUAGUAAGUGGUAAAAGUUAGCACACACAGGCGGAAGUAGGAAACAUUUUGGAAAGAUUGAGAGGGAGAGCCAGUACAUGUACACUGCUGAGUUCUUAUUGCAAUAUUUUAAACUCAUUUUUACUACCUGGAAACUUUGAGAUCAAACAAGUUUGGACCACUUAAUACCAAUUAAUAAAUGCAGCAUUAAUAGAUUUUUCUUUUGCUGAUGCUGUCCUGUAUGAUCUAAAGCAUGUCAGUCUGUGUGAAGCUGCACAGACUGCAGCUGCUGGGAAGCUGCAUGAACUCCUCCAGGAUGGCAUCCUUUGGGAAACCACUUUUCAGCUCCUUCUGCUCUCUAACCUCUCAGUGUGUUCAGAAUCAAACCCUCAUCCUCGGAUCUCAGCAGCUGAACCUCGCAGUGCUCAGCAGAAGACUCUGUGAUGUUGGUUCUAAUCCCACAUGGUGCCAGAGGGCAGGUCUGCACAGAUGGAGUCACUCUGCUGGACUCAGGAAGGAGAUCCUGCUGCAGGGAGGAGCAGCCUGGCCUGUGUCCUUGGCACGCUGCAGAGCCACCGAUGCUCCUCUGUCCAGCGUGUCUCCAACCUUCAUUGUGAUGAAGUUUGAUCAGGAGGGAAAUGUCACGUCGUUUGAAAAGAAAAAGACAGAACUUUGUCAGGAGCUGCAGCUUCAGGCCAGAGACCUUCGCUUCCAGCACAGCACCAGCCUCACAACCAGAAACAACUGCAUCAUCAUACGAAUGGCUUCUUUGAAAGUCAUCGUGACCCCAGAGUCUCUUCUGGUGUUGGAUUUUCGUGGUCUGGGUCUGGAACGGUGGCUGGUCCUGGAGCUGGCCCCACAGCUAGCAUCACAGACACACUCUCUGCCCUUUGAGUUCAGAGCCCUGGAGGCCAUCCUGCAGCACAAGGUUAACACAUUGCAAACCCGACUGAACGAUUUGGAACCUGUCAUAAUGGACACUUUGGAGUACCUCGUGGAUCCUAAAAUCCUUUCUGCUGAUAGGAGUAAGCUGCAUAUUCUGCUGCAGAACAGCAAGAGCUUGUCAGAGUUGGAAACAGACAUCAAAGUUUUCAAGGACUCCUUGCUGAAGAUCCUGGAUGAGGACGAGAUGAUUGAAGAAUUGUGUCUCACAAAAUGGACAGAUCCAAGAGUUUUUGAGGAGAGCAGUAUGGGUAUCGACCACUGUGAGGAGAUGGAGCUUUUACUGGAGAAUUACUACAUGCAGGCUGAGGAGCUUGGCAACAAGGCUAGAGAGCUAAAGGGACUGAUAGACGACUCAGAGAGUGUCAUAUUUAUCAAUCUGGACAGCCAUCGUAACGUGAUGAUGCGUCUGAAUCUGCAGCUGACGAUGGGUUCCUUCUCUCUGACCCUGUUUGGUCUGAUCGGGGUGGCUUUUGGAAUGAAUCUAACCACAGCAUUUGAAGAUGACCCUCGUGCUUUCUGGCUGGUAACUGGCUUCAUGUUUUUAGGCAGUGGGCUGAUAUGGAGACGCCUCUUAUCAUUUCUAGGACGGCAUCUAGAACCUUCAAUCCCACCAUUGAUCCCUCCCAUUUGGAAAAGAAACAUAAAACCAUCAGAUAUGAAGCCUGGAGUCAGAUGAGGUCCUGUUGCAACUUAGAAAAAAAGCGAGCAGAGCCUGCAGCUGUGAAGACGAUCGUAUCACCACGUCUAAAACGGGAGUCAAGAUACCAGGAGUCUCGUCUCUUUGUGUCCCUCUCUUGUACUAGUAGAGGUUGUGUCCAUGUUACUCUUUAUUAUUGGGUUAUUUUUGAUCAUCAAUUGUAAUUUCAUAACUGAUUUUAUUUAGACUAAAGACACAUAGAAUAUCUCUGAGUUUCUGGUGUUAAAGCCAUAGAAGAUGAGUGGCAGAGCUGGACCUGAAACAGAUUACCAACCUAGACAGGAAAGGAGCUGUAUUUCAAAAAGAGACUCGUUCAAGAAAACAUUUUUAUUUAUUUUAAUAUGAAAUUUAAGUAGACAUGAUAAAAGUUUAAUGUCAGCCUCUAGCUUAUACAUAAAGAAAAGCUUUAUUUUAAACCAGAGUGUUUACAGUGCUGCACUCACUGCUUUGGAAAGAAUGACUUUAUCAGAUGACAAUCUGGUAUGUGCAGUGAUUGCCAACAUGUGUCAUUAAAAUGUUCUA